GGGCGCGCGAGGGGGGCUGCAGAGAGCGCACAGACAGGAGGCAACACUUCCUGUUUGUAGCUAUCUCAGAGAGUGAGCGCGCGCUGGGAGUGGCACGCGGACACGGACUCCGUACUAAAGCCCAGAGGACACUCAUGGACUCUUAUCUGUCUCUCUGCCUGUGGACAGACGCAGCUGCUGGGUACUGAAACACAUGACCUGUCCUCCACAGUGAGACAGAGUCUGCAUCUGUCUGAACCUGCAGGACACAGCAGGACACACCAGGACCAGAACUUACAGAGACUAACUACUUUGUACAGACACACAGGAGCCAUCUGUUUAGACCUGCCGGACCUGGACUCAGUGGACCUGGUCUGUAUUAAGGACUGUUACCAACUGGAUCAGGAUCUUCCUGGUUCGAGUCUGAAAUGAUGAAUUUGAUGAACAGUAAAGCUGCGACUGUGAUUUUACUGUCAGCUCUGCUGCUGGGAGUGUUGUACUGCUACGUUUACCUGUCCCCUUACCCCAGAGCCGUCAUAUCCUUUGAGCCGGAUGACAUCAGACAGGAGGCGGGACCUGCUGAUGUCAUCCCUGUGAGUUACGAGAUCCACCUGGUGGCUCCUGAACAUCUAAAGUACAAGCAGCCUAGCAUUGUGCAGGGCCGUAGCGACGUGGUGACGGUGACGCCUUGGUUGGCUCCUGUUGUGUGGGAGGGAACCUUCAGUCCGGUUCUACUCGACAGCAUUUACAAACCAAAGAACAUCAGCGUUGCUGCCACCGUGUUCGCUGUCGGAAAGUACAUCAUGUUCCUGAAGAACUUCCUGGAGACGGCGGAGCAGCACUUCUUUGUUGGUUUCAGGGUACACAUCUACGUAUUCACUGACCGGCCCACUGAGGUGCCCCAAGUCAAAAUGGCCGCCGGCAGACAGCUGACAGUGCGUUCGGUGCCCAGCUCUAAGCGUUGGCAGGAGAUCUCUGCUCGCAGGAUGGAGCUCAUCCAGACGCUCAUAGAGGAGGAGCUUCGUAAGCAUAGCGACUACAUCUUCUGUCUGGAUGUGGACUCCAAGUUCCACGGCCGCUGGGGGACCGAGUCGCUGGGCGGGCUGGUGGCUGUGAUCCAUCCAGGUUACUAUAGAGACGACCGCAGUAAUUUCCCCUACGAGCGGAGACCCGAGUCCAGAGCCUACGUGGCGUAUGGGGAGGGGGACUUCUACUACUGCGGGGGGGCCUUCGGAGGCCUCCUACAGGAAGUACACCUGCUCGCCAAAACCUGCCGCUAUAACUUCGAGGCUGACGCCAAGGAUGGCAUUGAGGCUGCCUGGCAGGAGGAGAGUCACCUUAACAGGUACAUGUGGAUCAAUAAGCCCAGUAAGGUGCUGUCACCUGAGUACCUGUGGCAGGACUUCAAACCCAGAAACCCUGAAGUUCACGUCAUCAGGUUCUCUGGAGUCGUUAAAAACUACGCUGAGAUCCGACCCAACGUCUGAGACUCUGGACCGGAUCGCACCAGAGUCACGGUUUGAAAGGGUUCAGAGAAACUACCUGCACACACCUGAGCUUACCCUCAACCCACCAUUUCACCUGACUCCUGGCUGUCGGCCACAGACUGAACCCCACAGAGAUAACACAGCACUUCCUUUUGUUACCCAGUGUCACAGCACAAUCCGUCCCCCCUCUCAGGUCCUGAACCUCUACUGAGCACGUGCAGCUCACUGAACCUCUGAGGCUGUCGACACUGGACUCUCUCUGACCUCCCUCUUCUUCCUAAACUAUGAAGCUCAGGUGACCCACACUCAGCACUGUGCCUGAAUGGAUCAUGUGUGAAGCUGAUGCAUGACUGAAGCUGACGUCUGCGUCGCCACUUUUCUUUUUGUUUUGAUUUUAACCUCAUUUUUAGACCAGGGAAAAUGUUGAAGUCUAACAUGUCAUAUUUUCGUUACCCCGCAAACUGCUCAGUCAGCACUCCCUCAACUACAUGGCUUUAUGCAAAUGAAUGCACAGUGAUGUCAUCAAUAUGCAAAUGAGUGUAUGUAAGGCCGUGCAAUUAAUCGUCUGGUGAUCGCGGGUACGAUUUUGAGGUCAAAGGAUUUCAAAUUUAUUGAAAUUGAGGGUAAAUGAUUUUUGGUCACGGACGCCUGGAGAUGUUGCUUGGUCUUCUACGGAAGCCACGCAUGCGCAAUACCGCCCCCUCCCCUGCUCUCCUCUACAUAAGUGUAUGACAUCAUCUGUCAGCUCAUAGAAACUUUUGGUGCUUGUGCUACUUUCAUUGGAAAAGAGUCAGAAACACUGGCAGUUGAUGAUGAUAAUGUUAGCAGGCUAACAGGAAGUACGCAUUAGGAAUGUAGGAAGCUAACUAUGCAAACGAUACCAGGUCAGUGCUACCAACAUCGUGCGUCUGUUUCACCGUGUGACAGAUUCUCAUGUUAUAGAAAAUAAUUUCAAUAUAAAAUGUGAACGAACAAAAAGAAAAAAACUUCAGGACUGUUCGUUAUUUAUUCUCAUUUUUGAAGCACUCAGGAGGGACUUAUGAUUUUUAUUUUGGUUUAGGGGCGGGGCAUACAGAAAUGGUUUGUUAGGAUGAAGUAUAUGGGCCCCCUAUGUAACUGAUCUGUGGCAUCCCUAUAGAAAACACAUCAUCCAUUAGCAUCCAGACUUUGGGUCUCUGCCCAAACCAGAUCCAGAUGUGCUGGCCAUCAAUCAAUAAAAUUAAUACAAACAUGG